AUGCUCGACGCAGCAGCCGAAAAGCCAUCCCAUAUCGAAUACCACUCGCUAUCCUCGGGGCCCAUGGCAUCCCGCGCUGUUUUUGACAAAGUAUUCUCGAGCGAAGUGGAGAUUACCGGGCACAUAUCAGCCACUCUCUUCAUGGAAACUAGCGAGGGCGAUGACAUGGACGUGUUUGUUGCCAUCUAUAAGAUGGACAGCCAGGAUCGCGUUGUCGGACAAGCAUUCUACGCGCAGUUUUCGGAUGGUCCGGUGGCGCUUGGGUGGCUCCGCGCUUCGCGACGAGAAAUUGACCCUACCCUAUCCGCUCCCGGACAGCCGGUUGCAGCACAUAAGGGAGAAGAUAAGUUGGAGAUAAACAAAGUAUACCAGCUAGACAUUGAACUCUGGGCUAGCUCCAUGAUUUAUCGGCCGGGUGAAAAGUUGCGAUUUAUCGUGCAAGGAACUGACAUUGCUCGACAAACAAACCGGGCGGGGGCCAAAAGAUAUUUACACGUCAUGAAAGUCUUCAGGUGA